UUAUAAGAUUGCAAAAUGUUGCUUGCCAUAAUAUAAUUAUAAUGUUGUCAAGCUAAAACAAUUCUGAUCCAUCUGAACAACAUUUGAUUAAUGGCCACUUCAUCGCCAAAAACAUCCGAAAUGGGUAUUCCAGCCAGUCCACGCAGAUCAAAUCGAAAAGGAGAAAGGCUAAAAAUGCUAUCGCAGGUAACGAUUCUCGAUGGAACCAUGGAUGGUAAAAUAAACGUCAGUUUGAAAAUUGAUGAUUGCUCAUCUGUAGAUGAUAGUUCGUUAGCGUUAUUGGCUAUGCCUGACGGCCCUUUCAUGAAAUCUGAUCCCAUCAAGCCGACGUUUCAUCCAUUUGUGAUCACUGUUCAAAGUGGCCAAAGAAUCUAUGGCGGAAGUUAUAUAUUCGGAUUGAAACAAAUUGCUCGUAGCCAUGAAACUGAUGAACAUAAAGUUGUUUACAUUAGUCGAGCUUUAGUUGCAUUGACUAUUCGACCUUUGGUUGAUCAGCUUAAAAAAUUAUUAGAAUGGUGUGUUAAUGAAGGUGGUUGUAAUCCACGUUGGCUUCGAUGUUUGACAAAUAUUCGACUUCCACAAAAAGGUAGAUUCGUCAUAAUUCAUUUGCCCGAUCUCAAAAGUUUGAAAAACAUGGAUGAUUUCAGUUCAUCAUUCGACAAAACAUUAGAAACCGCUGACACUGUAAUUUUGUUCCGACCUCUCAAUGUAUAUCCAUUAUUUGACUAUUCAUUUCGCUUACUGUUAACCAAAGUCAUUACAAUCGAAAAUUUACUUUUAUUGUUCAGCUGUGCUUUGAAUGAAUUCCAAGUUUUGAUCGUCAGUGACUCAUAUUAUAAUCUAAUGUUAGUCUCCGAAUGUCUGAUAACUCUAUUGAAUCCAUUUAAAUGGCAACACGUUUAUGUACCGAUUCUGCCAAGUAAACUUGGUCUCCACUAUCUGGAUGCACCAACCCCAUUUAUUAUGGGAAUCAAUUCUCGUUUACGAAAUUUUAUCAAACCUAAAAGAAUGGCUUGUUAUUUUGAUUGUGAUAGUAAAAAUCUUGAACUCAAUGUAGAUUCGAGUGAAUUUCAUAUACCUCCAUUUAUAGAAGAAUUGCGUAAUGAUUUGACCGAUUUGUUUGCUGGUGACACAAGACUCAUGUAUUCGGAUCAGCCAAAAAGUGAAGCAUUAAAGCGUGUAUCGGAACUAGCUCACCGUUAUAAUGUCGUUGACGAUGAAUUUACCUGCUUAGAUGAAGUGAAACUCAAUCAAAGUAUUCGUAUGCUAUUCUUCAACAAAAUAAAAAAAUGCAUCUUGAACAAUUAUCAACAUUACAUCAUGUGUGUACCUGAUUCGAAGGAACAGGUGAAAUUCGAUACAGUAUCCUACCUGUCAGAUCAGCCUUUAACUAUGCGACCAUUUUUGCAGAAUUUUGUUGAAACACAGAUGUUUGCAACGUUUAUUGACGAGGCUGGUAAAGCUUCGUUAAAGAAACAAAAAUAUGAAGCUGAAGCUAUGAACAUGGCUGAUUCAUUCUAUUUUACCAUUGAUGAUGAUUAUGAUCAAACUGAUUCAUUGGAUUAUUGGCAAAGUCUUAUUGAUGCCCGAUAUCAGAGCGCACAAAUUGUUAACUUGGUUGAACUCGAAGAACUUAGUUAUCAAAAUAGCUGUCUAUCUGCUGCAUCGACUCCAUUUUCACCGUUCAAAAAACGAACUCAAACCCCUUCUGUAAAUAAUUUAAAAAUUGUGGCAAAAAAUUCAAUUAUAGCAUCACCUUCAAAACAGAUUCCAGUUGCAUUGACCGGGCCAACCAAUUGGAAAGUAGUUGAAACUCUUCUUAAAGAAGUCAGGAAUAAAACCAAACGAAUUUUACUAGCCAAAAUGGGAUCGGAUGAAGUUGGAUCAGCAACAAGUCCAACUAUCAAUACACAAGAAGACAACACAUUAAUAGCAACACUUUGUGAUCUAAUUGAAAGAAUAUGGUCACAUGCUCGCAUACAAGACAGUAAUAUUGACAGUAGUCAGACGAAUCGGUGUCCAUUUUGGGCCCACAUUACAGCUUAUUUUCAAGUUUCAUUGAAUGAAAACAAUCUUAAAACAACAUCGCCUUUAUCGUUGCCUUCAACAUCUAAUCGAUUAAAUCAUUCCAGUUCGAUCGAAUAUAACGAUGAUAAUUCAUCGACCAACGACGACCAGGAAAGUCUAGUCGGUUGGAUAUCCAUUAAAAAGCGAAUCGAUUCUCUGUCACAGUUAUCAUUGGACCAAAGUACAUUUUUGUCUUCGCAGCGUAAAUCAACAUCGGCUUUAACAGCUUCGGCAUUCUAUCGAUCGAUUCCAUCGACAUUGUCUUAUGAUUACAAAUCAAUUUGUGAUAUGACCGAUAUUAAAACUGAUGUUGGUAAAAGUCGAGCUUUCAUACGAUUAGCAUUGGAGCGAAAAUUAUUGAGUAAACAUUUGCGAACUUUAUUGUUUAAUCAAGAAUUACUACAAUCUUUGUAUAAACGCUAUGCAUUCCUACGAUGUGAAGAUGAACGGGAACAAUUUCUUACACAUUUAUUGACUUUGAACGCCGUAGAUCUUUCCUGUUUCACCAAUACAUUUACAACUAGUACAUUACCUUAUACAUUGGUUAUUUGUGCAACUUCUUUUACUGGAUCAAUUUCGAUAAUUGGAUUAUCGAAUCAUACUACAGAACCAAUUGUGAUUGAUAACAAACACGAACAUUUUACAUUUCGACACAAGAAUUUCGGUUAUAUCUUUACAAUGUCUGUAUCCAUCAAAACCAAUCAUAAAGUGUUUAUUGAAAAGUGUUUCAUUCGCAACGAUGUUACAAAUGCAUUGUUCAAAUUCGAAUGUGGCAAAUGGUUGGGAAAGAAUAUGGAAGAUGGUUCAACCGAGCGUAUGUUAAUUGGUGAACCGGUUACCGGCACAAUCAAUGAUCAUAUUAAACGUGCCAGUCAUUCACGAUCAUCAUCGAUCGGUCGCAAUUGGUCCCGCAGCGGUGAAACAAAUAAUUCUAAAGAGGAUAGAUACUCGAUCGAAGAUUUGCAAUCAUCAUUGGGAGAAUCGAUUAAUCAGAUUAUGAAACUAUAUUUUAGCGAAAAAAAUCGCCAUCAAAAUACUCCGACCGAUAUACAAAACAAAAACAUAAAAUCUGUUAAUCUAUAUCACCAAAGAAUUUCCAAUUCUUUAACAUUGAGCAAAAUAAGCCGUUGUCAGAAGAAUUCGAUGAGUAAUGUAAAUAUGAUUAGUUUGUUUUUUGGUCCCAAAAAAUUUCUAUCGAUCAUCACACAAGUUUUUUAUUAUGGUUUCAAAAAUCGUCGUUCAUUUCGUCGGCAAACAUUCUUAUGGGAUUAUCUUCUUCGUGUACAAUGCGAAUUAAAACUAUCGAAUUCAAAGGAUCCCACUCAUCAUGAUUUUAUUCGACUAAUUGAUGACAUUUCAAGCAAAGCAGACACCUAUGGUAAAGACAUGAAAUUUCAAUUAUUCAUAUUCAUAUCACUGAGAGAUCAUAAACUAACACCAUAUUUCCUGAAAAUACUACUUCGUCCGCAAUUGUUACAGAUACACUAUGAGAUGGAAUCAUUUUUGCGUGAUCAAACAUUGUUGACUUUUUUGACUCAAAUACUCAACACAUUCAACGAGAUUGAAUUAAAAUUGGAUAAAAAUGUUACGAAAAAUUUGUGAUUUAAUCAAACCAUUUAUACUCA